AUGUCGGAGGAGAGGAGGAGGGCAGAGGAAGUUCCUGUUCCGGCUCCCGCCUGGGGGGAGAGCGGCGCGGAGGAGCGCUCUGUGGUCUUCGCGGGGUCGGAGCAGCAGCGGCGGGAGGUGAGCGGAGGCCGGGAGGGAGGCGAGGGCGGGAGCGCGCGGGGCUGCCUCGUUUCCUCCGCGGGGAGAGCCAGAUUCCAUGAAAAGUUCAAGGGGGAUCAUUUCCAAAUUCCGAAAAAGAGGGCAAUUUCUGGAAGCCAGUGGGGAGGAAGAGGUCACCUGGCUAGCCACAUAGGGCAGACAGUAACGCAAACCUCACCCUCUGAGGGAGGAAACAGUCGCUUGAAUCAAAGCACCACCAAACGAAGGAUCAGAAAUCGUUUCGAUCUCCUCGAAAAUCCAAGAAUAUCAUUGGUGGAAAAACCCCACAGAGGUGUAUAUUGUGGGAAAAGCACAGAUUACAGAUCACAGCUGAUUAUGCAUGAGACGACUGACAUUGGUGAGAAGCCCUACCAGUGUUCUCAAGGCGACAAAAGCUUUAGCAAGGACGCCACCCUGGUGAAUCACAAGAGGACCUUCACUGGGGAAAAACUCUUUGUGUGUCCAAAUUGUGGGAAAAGUUUCAGUCAGAAUUCCCAUCUGGUGAGACACCAGAGGACUCACACAGGAGAGAAACCGUAUGAGUGUCCAGAUUGUGGGAAGAGUUUCAGUCAGAAUUCUCACCUGGUGAGACACCAGAGUACUCAUACAGGAGAGAAUCUGUAUGAGUGUCUGGAUUGUGGGAAAAGUUUCAGUCGGAAUUCCAACCUGGUGAGACACCGGAGGACUCACACAGGAGAGAAACCGUAUGAAUGUCCGGAUUGUGGGAAGCGUUUCAGUCGGAAUUCCGACCUGGUGAUACACCAGAGUAUUCACACAGGAGAGAAACCAUAUGAGUGUCCAGAUUGUGGGAAAAGUUUCAGUCGGAAUUCCAACCUGGUGAUACACCAGAGCACUCACACAGGAGAGAAACCAUAUGAAUGUCCAGAUUGUCGGAAAAGUUUCAUUCGGAAUUCCCACUUGGUGAUACAUCAGAGGACUCACACAGGAGAGAAACUGUAUGCGUGUCUGGACUGUGGGAAAAGUUUCAGUCAGAAUUCCAACCUGGUAAUACACCGGAGGACUCACACAGGAGAGAAACCGUAUGAGUGUCCGGAUUGUGGGAAAAGUUUCAUUAGGAGUUCCAGCCUGGUGAUACACCAGAGGACUCACACAGGAGAGAAACCCUAUGAGUGUCCAGAUUGUGGAAAGCGUUUCAGUUGGAAUUCCGACCUGGUGAUACAUCAGAGGACUCACACAGGAGAGAAAUCAUGUGAGUGUCUAGAUUGUGGGAAACGUUUCAGUCGCAAUUCCUACCUUGUGGUACACCAAAGGAUUCACACAGGAGAGAAACCGUAUGAGUGUCCGGAUUGUGGGAAGCGUUUCAGUUGGAAUUCCGACCUGGUGAUACACCAGAGGACUCACACAGGAGAGAAACCGUAUGAGUGUCUGGAUUGUGGGAAGCGUUUUAGUCGGAAUACCGACCUGGUGAUACAUAAGAGGACUCACACAGGAGAGAAACCAUAUGAGUGUCCAGACUGUGGGAAAAGAUUCAGUCAGAAUUCUGACCUGGUGAAACACCAGAGGACUCAUACAGGAGAGAAACCAUAUCAGUGUCGGGAUUGUGGGAAAUGUUUCAGAUGGAAUUCCAACCUUGUGGUACACUGGAGGACUCACACAGGAGAGAAACCGUAUGAGUGUCGGGAUUGUGGGAAGCGUUUCAGUCGGAAUUCUGACCUGGUGCUGCACCAGAGGACUCACACAGGAGAGAAACCGUAUGAGUGUCUGGAUUGUGGGAAGCGUUUCAGUCGGAAUUCUGACUUGGUGAUACACCAGAGGACUCACACAGGAGAAAAACCGUAUGACUGUCUGGUUUGUGGGAAAAGUUUCAGUCAGAAUUCUGACCUGGUGAAGCACCAGAGGACUCACACAAGAGAGAAACCGUAUGAGUGUCUGGAUUGUGGGAAACGUUUCAGUCGGAAUUCCAACCUUGUGAUACACCGGAGGACUCAUGCAGGAGAAAAACUGUAUGAGUGUCCGGAUUGUGGGAAAAGUUUCCGUUGGAAAUCCAGCCUGGUGAUGCACCAAAGGACUCACACAGGAAUGAAACCGUAUGAAUGUCCAGAAUGUGGGAAAAGUUUCAUUCGGAAUUCUGACCUGGUGGUACACCAGAGGACUCACACAGGAGAGAAACCGUAUCAGUGUCCAGAUUGUGGGAAAUGUUUCAGUUCCAAAUCCAAGCUGGUGAUACACCAGAGGACUCACACAGGAGAGAAGCCGUAUGAGUGUCCAGAUUGUGGGAAAGAUUUCCGUCUUAGGUCUGGCCUUAUAAAUCAUGUAGUUUUACACAUAGGAGAGAAACCAUUCAAAUGUCCAGACUGUGGAGAGUGCUUCACAAAGAAGUUUUCCCUUAGCAGACACAAGAAAAUCCAUAAGGGGCAGAAGGUGAUGAGUGUAGAGAAGGCUUGAAUUUCUCUUCUCAUCUCCCAUUGGAUAUCCAGCUGAAAAGUUAAGUAUUUAAUUUCUGGACUGAUUCUUUUUGGUCAAACAUGUCUCAGUAUGAGAGAUGAGGGAGGA